AUGGCUACCACACACUUGGGAAACAACGAACGGCGCAACUUGAAGUGGAUAGAUUCGUUUACAGCUCCCCUAUUGGAUGAGUGGGACACUUCCACCGACGCCGACUCGCCAAGCCUCCACCACUACCGCAAACAGCCAUCGCCUUGGAUCAAGUCCUAUCACGACCUGUACGCUUCCGCCUGGGAAGCUGCUGCGCGUAUGCACGAGUCGUCUGCGUAUCGCCUCCAGCGCCAAAUGGAACACUUGACGCACCAAGUUCACACUGACAUGCAAUCCCUCCACGACCGGUUGGACAAUGUCCUCGCCAACGCGGACGACGACGUGAAGGCGCAGGCUCAAACCCCGACGGAAGACUUGCUAUGCUUGGGAUCGCCUCCCCAGCAGCCAGCCCUCCUGCCUUCUUGGGUCCAAGUUCAGCCUCCUGUCGAACAUGUCUCGGUGGACGAAUUCCAAAGGCAGCUGGACGAGUUUUCCAAUGAUCAAACCAAUCAACUAGUCGAACAGCUGGCCCUCCAUGAUGCAAAGUGGAUGGGGGUACUGGACCAGUUUGAAAAGAAGCUCCUGCAGUCUCUUGCCAUCAAAACGCACGAACCUCUUAGUCCCAAGAGUACCGUCAUUGGUGUGAACAAUCAGGCCGACAUUUACGAGACAGAGUCCGACCAUUCUGGUGCUGCCGACGAGGGCAAAUCGGUGGAAAGCGAUGCUUGGCACGAUGAGGACUGUCCAGAAUGCAAUCACAACGUGGACGACGAAUGGCAAAUGUUGUGAUGAAUCAAGAAUAUGGUCGAAGCUUCCAAUAUCGAGAUAUGAACCAUCCAUCGUGUUGGAUCGCUCGCAUUAUGGUAAUGUUAGAUGUAAUUUUGUUGUGGGUCCUAAUCUAUACUGUACUCUUAUGCAAGU